CAAUAUGUCUACCCCGGCUCGGCGGCGCCUCAUGAGGGACUUCAAGAGGCUGCAGGAGGAUCCCCCCGCCGGAGUUAACGGCGCCCCCUCGGAGAACAACAUUAUGGUUUGGAACGCGGUCAUCUUCGGGCCCGAAGGGACCCCCUUUGAGGAUGGAACAUUUAAGCUCACAAUAGAAUUCACUGAAGAAUAUCCGAAUAAACCACCCACUGUUAGAUUUGUCUCUAAGAUGUUUCAUCCAAAUGUCUAUGCCGAUGGCAGCAUAUGUCUGGAUAUAUUGCAGAACCGCUGGAGCCCAACCUAUGAUGUGUCUUCCAUUUUAACAUCCAUACAGUCUCUAUUGGAUGAACCCAAUCCAAAUAGUCCAGCCAACAGCCAGGCUGCUCAGCUGUACCAGGAGAACAAGCGGGAAUAUGAAAAGCGUGUUUCUGCUAUAGUAGAACAGAGCUGGCGUGACUGUUGACCCGGGUGCUGUGAAAGAAGAGGCUGGUCAUAAGAAAAAUAUAUAUGAUGUGUUUGUCACUUUUACUUUAUUAAAAGAAAAAUAGCUGUUAAAAAAAAA